CCCUUCCCGGCGCCGGGGAUUUCCUCCCGCUCCUCCGCCGCAGGUUGCUCCCGGGAGCGGCGGCGGUGGCUUCUUCUUCUUCUUCCUCCCUUCUGCAAAGCCUUCGGCUUCACCUCGGGAGAGAGGGAGCGGGGCCCGCCCGACUGGACCGGGGCCCCAGGGCAGUUUGCAGUUGUGAAGAGACAGUCCUGCUCCAGAGCUGGUGGCUGGGUUGAACCCAAGACUCGUGAGCCGGUUUUCUGAGGUCUUAAUCCUGUGCCCCCAGUAGAUACCCAAAACUGGCCCAGUCUGUGAUCUAUCCUGAGACAGUCAUGGCUUUUCCUCCCUUGCAGCAGCCUAGCUUUUUGCUGGCCAGCCUGAAGGCAGAUCACAUGAACAAGCCCUUCAGCCAGAGAUGCCACGAUCUGGUGAAAAUCAUUGAUGAUUUUCCAGCCAAGGAGCUGCACGCGAUUUUCCCGUGGCUGGUGGAGACCAUCUUCGGCAGCCUGGACGGUGUCCUCCUCGGCUGGAAUCUCCGCUGUCUGCAAGGACGGGUGAACCCCGCCGAGUUCAACGUCGCCGUGGAGUUCCUCGAUCCGAGCGGCCCCAUGAUGAAGCUGGUCUACAAACUGCAAGCUGAGGAAUAUCGAUACGACUUCCCCGUCUCCUGCCUCCCCGGCCCUGUGAGAGUCUCGAUUCAGGAGCGUGUCCUCCCAGAGUGUCCCCUGUACCACAACAAAAUCCAGUUCCCGCAGGCGGGCGGCCUGGGCCUGAACUUGGCCCUGAAUCCGUUCGAGUACUAUAUGUUCUGCUUCGCACUGAGCCUCAUCACCCAGAGGAGCGCUCCCUUGUCCCAUCACGUCCGCACCUCCGACUGCGCCUAUUUCGUCCUGGUGGACCGCUACCUGACCUGGUUCCUGCCCACGGAGGGCAACGUCCCCCCGCCGCCUUCCUCCAACCCCGGGGGUGCCAUCCCCCCGCCGGCCCCCAGAUCCCCGGCGAUUCCAUUCAGUUCCUACGGCCUGCACCACACCAGCCUCCUGAAGCGCCAUAUUUCUCACCAGCCGUCGGUAAACGCUGAUCCCGCCUCCCAGGAGAUCUGGAGGUCUGAGACCCUGCUCCAGGUCUUCGUGGAAAUGUGGCUGCACCACUACUCUCUGGAGAUGUAUCAGAAAAUGCAGUCUCCUCACGCCAAGCUGGAGGCUCUCCACUACCGACUAAGUCUCUCCAACACCUUCCACAGUCUUCCUGCCCAAUCCAGUUACCAGGCCCUCCAAGCAUAUCAAGAAUCGUUUAAACCCACGGAGGAGCACGUACUGGUGGUGAGACUGUUUGUGAAGCACCUGCACGCCUUCUCCAACAGCCUGAAGGCUGAACAGACGCCUCCAACUGCCCAUUCCCACACAGCCAGCCCCUUGGAGGAAUUCAAACGAGUGGUAAUUCCCCGAUUUGUCCAGCAGAAGCUCUACAUCUUCCUACAGCACUGCUUUGGACACUGGCCCCUAGACGCCUCCUUCAGAGCCGUCCUGGAGAUGUGGUUGAGUUACUUACAGCCGUGGAGGUACGCACCCGAGAAGCAGUUUCAGAUGGCCGAAACCCAGCCCCGCAGCGUCUCAGAAAGAUGGGCUCCCUUCGUGCAGGAGAACCUGCUGAUGUACACCAAACUGUUCGUCGGCUUCCUCACCCGGGCCCUCCGGACGGACCUGGUCAGCCCCAAGAACGCCCUCAUGGUAUUCCGCGUCGCCAAGGUGUUCUCCCAGCCAAACCUGGCAGAGAUGAUCCAGAAGGGAGAGCAGCUAUUUCUGGAGCCUGAGCUGGUCAUCCCUCACCGCCAACACCGAAUCUUCUUGACCCCCAGUUUUGGCGGCAGUUACCUGUCGUCGUGGCCGCCGGCAAUCACCGACGCCUCGUUCAAGGUCAAGAGCCAGGUUUCCAGCUUGGAGGGCCAGGAUUGCCAGUACAAGCAGAUGUUCGGCCUGGAAGUCAGGGACCUGGUGUUCCGGCUCGCCCACAUGAUCGCCCAAGCCAAGCAGACGGCCAGGUCCAUAUCUGACCACUCGGCUGAGAACGCGGCCAGCCAGUCCUUCUUCUCGUGGCUGCGCUUUGGUUCGGUGGAGGUGAACGGCUCCUUCACGACCAACGACCUCGACGAGAUGGGGCAAGACAGCAUCAAGAAGAUCGACGAGUACUUGGAGAAGGCACUGGAGUAUCUGUGUCAGAUAUUUCGGUUGAACGAAGCUCAGUUGACCCAGCUGAUGAUGAGCACGGGGACGCCCCAGACCGAAAACGGAAAGAAGCAGCUCCCUGACUGCGUGAUGAGCGACAACGGGUUACUUCUCACUCCUCUGGGCAGGUACCAGAUCAUCAACGGCCUCCGCAGGUUUGAGAUCGAGUACCAAGGAGACACCGAGCUGCAGCCCAUCAGGAGUUACGAGAACGCCACGCUGGUGCGGCUGCUCUUCCAGGUGUCAUCGGCAAUCAAUCGCAGGUUUGCCGGCCUGAUGGAAAGCCUCUGCUCCCGGGAAGAUUUCCUCGGCAGCCUGUGCCGCUAUCACCUCACCGACCCGUUCGGGGAGGAGCGAACGAGGAUCAGCCCAGCGGGACGGCAUCGGACGAGGGUGGCGGCGGGCCCGAGGGUCAGCUUGAGGUUCCUGGCUAGCUACCGGACUCUGCUCUCCCUGUUCCUCGUCGCCUUUGGGAUGUCGCUGUUCUGCAUCGGCCCUCUGGCCUGCACCUUUCUCCUGACCUUGGGGUACCUCCUUUAUGCCGUCAUAAUGGCUUUCUUCACAGAGAGAUGGAGAACUCAUCAAGACUGAAGCGGUCCCACCUUCCGACCCGGCGCUUCAGAGACACACAGCACCCCAAAUUCCACCACUAUGCCCCCUUUGGAAAGAGUACUGCAACUGGGCCAGUACUAAAUUUCCAAAGUAUUUUAUUUUUUUCCACGAGAUAUUUUAUAAGUAAGGGCUUGGGGGGCGGCUGCAGAGGCUACCAUGAAAACUGACCAGAUACCAUCAGUGUUAUUUAAGUGAUUAUUUUUUUUCAACACGAGUGGAAUCCUAGGAAUCGAGUGGAGCCCAUGAGAGGAGAAAUCCAGACCCACUAAGGCCUUUAAUACAAAGAGGUUGUCCAGACAAGCAAGACCGGACAGGAGAAGUCAGAGCAGGCUCAAGCGAGCUAAGCUUGAAUGAGUCCUUGAUGGGGGAAGAAAGAUCGGCAGUUUUAUUUCUGCCAUGGAGGCGCGUGAUAACGGAGUCCCAGAGCAGUGCCAAAGUUGAAAGUUGGGCUGAGUUGAAGAAGCAGCAACAGGAAAGACCAGGCCAAGAACAACAUUUACCAAGAACAAACUGGAGUCUGGCAAAGGGGAUGGCCGCAUUUUGGACUCAAAGAGCGACCGGGCUGCUGACCUUCCUCCUCAGUCCACCCGCCAGCUUCUCCCUGUUUGACUCCGGUGGGGAGAAGUGUCCCCUUCUCCCCGUCUUCUCCUUCACUCCCGGUUCCCUCAACUCGAACCCAUCCCCAGCCAGGGAGCCCGAGUCCUGGUGGAGAAAUGGGUCUCGGGUCCGACCCACCAAAGGCUGAACGAAUGGCUCCUGGCUGGGCGUUGGGCCGUGCCCUACUCCUCCUUCUAAGAACGAGCGAUCGUUGGGUCCCACUGGCUCCAGGCACCAAAGUGAAUCACUUGGAAAGCUAAACUGCCGUAUUUGGAGAAUUCCGUAACUCUCCUGCCGGAUUAAGAAUGCAGGUUUUCCCUGCCGUCUUUUCCUUUCCUACCUUCACUCUAGCAGUCGCUCCGCCCAGAAAGUCAUUUUUCCAGUGCAAACCUACUAAUUGAUUUCUGUGCUGUUUUUGUGGGGAAGGAGUGGAGGAGGGAGUGUAUUCCACCCCCCAAAAAUCAAUGAUUACACAAGAGGGAUGAAUGGUAGGCUCUGCUUUUGUUGCUGAAAUUCAGGAAAACACAACUAGCUUCUGAUCCAGCCACCUAACUUUGUCAACAGAAUCUCAAGGUUAAGAUGCCCGUUUUGUAUUUUUGUGGAUAAUACCACGUACUUGAAUUAUUUUUUAAAAUAUCAAUCAAACAGAUCUGACCGUGAAUCAGCUGUCACCCAGACUUUUUUUUUUUGUUACAGGUUUUUCUAGAAACUGGUGUACAUUAAAAUGUUUGACUCUUGUAAAAGUA